UGUUGAGUAGAUGAUAUGGAAAUCACAGGAUAUAGUCCUUGUUCUUCAUAUAAUAUCCAUCAAGUUAGUGUGCAGUCCUGAGAGGGUGGAAUCUACCAGGCGGAAAGAUGUCGACUGAACUGCCCAACCUCGUCGAAGUCGACUAUCUCGAAAUACAAGUCAUUAUCGACAAUGAACUCGACCCUAUGACGGCACCGGCUCCGGACACGGUGCAGAUGUUAGGCGGAACAAUGGGCCACAUAGCGAUGUCGACCGCACGGGCCCUACAGCCUGGUGAGCGCGGAGAUGCGAUAAAAGAAAUCCGCAUGGAGGAUAUAUGUUGCUCAGCACAUGGACUAUCUAUCAUGGUAACGGCUAUACGAGGCGAUAUUAAGCACACCGUCCUGUUUGAUGCAGGCCCUGAAGAGCAAGCCUGGAAGAGAAAUGUCAAUCGUCUCAAGACCGAUAUAUCUCAAAUUGAGGUUAUCCAACUGUCACACUGGCAUCGUGAUCAUUCUGGAGGUAUCCCAGAAGCAAUUCGCAUGAUCAAGAAAGCUAAAAGAGACAAUGGUCAUGUCGACGAGACUCUUGUUGUCGAUGUACACCCAGAUAGGCCAGAUUACCGUGGCUUCGAUAUGCGCGACAAGAUCAUAUCCCUUGAAGCAGACCCAACUUUUGAGGAAAUGGAGAAUAAUGGCGCGCGAGUCAGCCAGCAUAGUGAGACACAUACAAUUCUCGACGACAUGUUUCUCAUCUCUGGAGAGAUCCCGCGAGAAACAAGCUAUGAAACGGGUGCGAAAUUUGGCAUGCGUUUUGACAAGUCGGAAGGUGAAUGGAUUACGGACGAAAAGAUUGCAGAUGAACGAUUAUUGAUGUGCAACUUGAAAGGAAAAGGGAUAGUCGUCUUUACCGGCUGCAGCCAUGCGGGCGUCGUCAAUACCUCCUGCCAUGCAAAGAACCUCCUUGGCGGCAAAGUUCCCCUGCAUGCGGUGGUGGGUGGAUAUCAUCUGUCUCUCAGCGACGACAAAACAACCAACGAUACUGUCGCCGACCUGAAGAAGCUUGAUCCGGCAGUUCUUUUACCUGGACACUGCACGGGCUGGCGAGCCAAAUUUGCCAUUGAAAAGGCAAUGCCCGGCAAUUUGCAAUUCCUUCUUUCUGCCGGCAACGCCCACCGAAACAACCAUCUUCUCGAUUUCUUCAACGCCCGGAUCAGCAAGCACGCUAGCCCAGCAUGCCCGAACUGUAUUGAGAGCAAUUUCACCGGCGGACGACGUUAUUUCCUGACUCGGGAGCCGGAUCAUAUCAAGGCCGUGCUCACCGGAAAUUUUGCAGAUUACGGUAAAGGCAAAGUCUUUCACGAUCUCUGGAGCCCGUUCCUGGGCGACAGCAUAUUCACGACGGACGGGAAAUCGUGGAGUAAUAGUCGGCAGUUGAUCCGGCCUAUGUUCAUUAAGGAUCGCAUUUCAGAUCUGGAGAUAUUUGAACGCAGGACACAAAUUAUGAUGGGGCUGUUUGCCAACCCAGGCCAGACGUUCGAUAUUAUGGAUCUGUUUUAUCGUAUGACCUUGGAUGUCACCACCGAAUUCCUGCUAGGACACGGAAUUCACUCGCUUGAGAAUCCCAAGGCCGGGUUUGUGCAAGCCUUUGCAGACGUGCAGAGGAUGCAGAUGGCCUUGACUGUAUUGCAGCCGAUCCAGCAUUUUAUCCCCAAAGGAGGAUAUUACCGCGGCAUCAAGACAAUCAACGAUUUUGUUAUCCCUUUUGUGCAGGAGGCUCUGGAACUACCGCAUGAAGAGCUCGAAAAGAGGGGUCGUUCUGAAAAGUCGUUCACGUUCUUGCACUCGUUGGCCAACUUCACUCGCGAUCCAAAAGUUAUUCGCGACCAAGUCGUUGCAGUACUGCUUGCUGGCCGUGACACCACUGCCGCAACCCUGUCGUGGCUCAUCUACGAAAUCGCACACUAUCCCGAGAUUGUCAAAAAACUACGAGAGGAAAUCUUGUCCACUGUCGGACCGUCUCGCGCUCCUACAUAUGAUGAUCUCAAGAAUAUGACUUAUUUGAAACACACCGUCAACGAAACUUUACGCCUUUACCCAGCCGUCCCAUUCAAUAUUCGCUUCGCCCUUGCUGACAGUACGCUUCCCUCCGGUGGUGGUCCUAAUGGCGAUUUGCCUCUCUCUGUCCUUAAGGGUGAUGGAGUCAUCUACUCGACACUAGCAAUGCAGCGCCGUGCCGACCUGUACCCACCAACGUCCGAGCAAUUUGCCGACCCAGCGAUAUUUUCGCCCGAACGGUGGGAAUCCUGGCAGCCAAAGGCCUGGCAAUAUAUCCCCUUCAACGGCGGACCUCGCAUCUGCAUUGGACAAAAUUUCGCGCUCGCCGAGGUUAGCUAUGCGAUCGUCAGGAUUGUGCAGCGAUAUGACAGGAUUGAGUAUGAUGGGUCAUGGGAGGACCAGUUCCACAAAGCCGAGAUUGUCGGCACUCCAGGAAUGGGCGUCAAAGUGAAAAUGUGGCCUGCAAAAGAGUAGGCGUUUGGUAUCAUACCCUGAGGAUGGGAGUUUGUGGCGUUGGUUAAUUUAGUUGAGGAUUUGUAUGCCAGAAAUUGUAAUAAUAUGAACUUCAAUGUCGCCUCAUCUGCGCAAUGCGAUGCCUGACUCGCCAGGCAAUGAUAUACAUCAUCCACUUCCUUCAGCCUUAGGAAAUCCUAGGUUCCGAGCGAAAAUGCCAG